GUCUUUUGCUUGGCUUUUUGGUAAAUGCUAAACAAACUUUUUUUUGCUAGCAACGAACGAAUAAAAUGAGUGAGAUUAGGGGCGAGGACAACCUGGAGAGGCUGCGCAACUACAUCCUGCGCCCGGAACUGUCGCUGCACAACCCAAUGCCGGAUGUUUUGCCGCGUCAAUUUGAUCCUAUGCGCCUGUUGCAUGUACCCCGCUGUCCCGGGAGCACCAAACUGACUCCACGCCGGGAUCAGAGCGGCCAGAUACUGGAGUUCGUCGAGGUGGACCUGGAAGAUGUGGGCGCCAAUGCCAACAACUCGAUGUCCAUGCAGCGGGAGCCGGGCUUGCUGGAGGAGGCAACGCGUGGCUCCCACUCGAACUUUCCCUUCUGGCCGGGCGGAUUCGACGAGCAGCGGCAGCAGAUUGCCGACCUGGAUGUGGACAACUUCCAAUUCGGAGACAAACUGCUGACGGUGCCUCCAGGCUUCACAUCAGGUCAUGACUUCUCAGAGUCGCAGCCUGUUUCUCUGCCGCCUGUGGUUUCUGAUCCAAGUAACGUGGAUUUACUAGAAAACCUCGAGCAGGACCUGGACGUUCAGGAAUGGAUGAAACUCACCCGCACUGAGGAACCAAUCUCCUCUGGAGUCACUCAAAGUCCCGGCCAGCGGAAUGUCCAAUUUCCCUCAGAAGAGUUUCAGGACGUGGACGAUCAGAUCAUGAAGGCAGAUCUAAAACCAGUGCUCAACAUUUCCACUACCACGAAGAGCUUCAAGAGCGACUGGGCCGAGAUGGUGGACAUCAGCCAUCCGAUCAACGACUUUAAGGAGCAAAUACCCUGCCCGGCCAUGGAAUUCCCCUUCGAGUUGGACGUCUUUCAGAAGCAGGCCAUUCUCAAGCUGGAGCAGCGUCAGUACGUCUUUGUGGCAGCUCAUACCUCCGCCGGAAAGACUGUGGUAGCGGAAUACGCCAUCGCCCUGUCCAAGCGGGAUCUCACCCGCACCAUAUACACGUCACCGAUCAAGGCGCUGUCCAAUCAGAAGUACCGCGACUUCCGCAAGACCUUCAAGGACGUAGGUCUGAUAACAGGAGAUUUGCAGAUAGAGCCCACCGCCUCCUGUCUGAUUAUGACCACUGAGAUCCUGCGCUCCAUGUUGUACUGUGGCAGCGAAGUCACCAGAGACUUAGAGUGGGUGAUCUUCGAUGAAGUACACUACAUCAACAACCCUGAGAGAGGUCACGUCUGGGAGGAGGUGAUCAUUCUCCUGCCAGACCAUGUCAAUAUUAUAAUGUUAAGUGCAACUGUGCCGAAUACCAUGGAAUUGGCGGAUUGGGUUGGGAGCACCAAGAAGAGGAAGGUAUAUGUGAUCAGUACUCUGAAAAGACCAGUGCCAUUGACGCACUUCCUCUACACUGGUGCAGGCGGUAAGAGCCGUGACGACAUCUUCCUGCUGGUGGACGCCCAGGGAAAAUAUCUGCAAGGUAACUACGAGAAGGCUGUCGAGCGCAAGAAGGAGAUACAGGGCAAGGCCAAGGGUGGCGGAGGCGGUCCCAAGAACUACGUGAAUGCCAAGCAGGAGCAGUACACUUGGAUCGGACUAAUUGACUUUCUGCGGCGGAACAACAAGAUGCCCGUGGUGGCCUUUACUCUGUCCCGGAAUCGAUGUGACUCCAAUGUGGCCGCUCUGCAGUCGGUGGAUCUCAACACGGAAAAGGAGAAGGGUGCAGUGCAGAAGUUCUUCCUGCAGUGCCUAGCAAAACUGAAGCCUCCAGAUCGCACUAUUCCACAGGUGCUCGUACUCAAAGACGCUUUGGAGCGGGGCAUUGGGGUGCAUCACAGCGGCAUACUACCCAUUCUCAAGGAGAUCGUUGAGAUGCUCUUCCAAAAUGGACUGGUGAAGCUGCUUUUUGCCACCGAGACCUUUGCCAUGGGCGUUAACAUGCCCGCUCGCACGGUGGUCUUUGAUUCCUGCAAAAAGUUUGACGGUCUUGAGAUGCGAAAUUUAAAGCCGGGAGAGUACAUUCAAAUGGCCGGAAGGGCCGGCAGACGUGGACAUGACGAGACGGGAACGGUGAUCUUGCUGUGCAAGAGUAAUGUGCCGCCGUCGAUGGAGUUGCGCCCGAUGAUCCUCGGCCUACCCGAGAAGCUGCAGUCCCAGUUCAUCCUGCGCUAUGCCGUGAUCCUCACUUGCCUGCGCAUCGAGAGCAUCAAAGUGGAAGAUAUCAUGCAGUUCAGCUUUAAGGAGUUUAACCAAAAGCUGCAGUUACCCACGCAGCAGAAGCAGCUGCGCCUGGCCGAGGACAAGUUUGCCAUGCUCCCAAAUCUCGGCGAUCAUCUGCAGCCGCUCGUAAACUUCUACGACAAGGCCGUGGAGUACUGGAAGGAGAAGCACCGCAUCAUGAAAUUCAUUGUAACCCAGGCCAAGAUCCAGAAGGAACUGAAGGUGGGCCGCGUCAUUGUCAUCACCCAGGGCAAGCACUACAAUAAGCUGGCCGUUCUACUCAACACCAAAUCCGUCCCAGGCAAGGAUACCGUCUAUAAGGUGCUUGUGCUGGACCACCAGUUUAAGACAAAGGAAAGUGACAGUCUCCAGCGGGGCGAGCUCUACUACAAAAUACUCUCUCUGACGCCCAAGAACAAAAUCUUUCAGCCAGAGGGCAUUGGAGGGCACACUGUGCUGGACAUAAAGGCCAUGGACAUUAUCAGCAUCACCAAGAACUCAUUUAAAGUCGAUGCAGAUGUGAUUAUCCGUAACUGGGAGCAACGUCAGCUGGAACGCUUCAAAGACACCCCGCCCGGUGGAACCGUGGUCAAAGCUGUGACCGAGCUGCACCAGCUUAAUGAGAGUUUUAAUGCAAACCCAGAAAACAUCAAGUACGUAAACCUAUCCAAGGAGAUAAACGUGAACGCAGACAGCGAGGUGGCCAUGCUUAACUAUGUGGAUCACCUGUUCCGCCAGGUGGGCGACUUCCUGCCGCAUACCAACAUUGCCGGCUUCGAGCAGGAGUUCGCCAAGGUCUACGAGCGGCGCAUGCUGGAGAUUCACAUCGAGGAGCUGCGCUUUAAGAACUCCGCCAAGAACCUAACCCUCUAUCCGGAUUACUGCAACAAGUUGCAGGUUCUUCGGGCCCUCAAAUACAUAGAUGAACUGGACGAGGUCACACUUAAGGGCAAGGUGGCCUGUGAGAUGGGUCAGAACGAGCUGCUGAUCACGGAGCUCAUUCUAUGCAACAUGUUUAAUGACCUUGAGCCGGCUGAGAUUGCCGCCUUGCUUUCUGGCCUAGUCUUUCAGGCAAAGAUCCAGGGUGAGCCGGUCAUUCCAGAGCCACUAAAGAAGUGCGUGGCGGCCUUUGAGCAAAUCAACGAUACUAUUCUGGCCGAGGAGCAGCGCUUCCAGGCUGCAAUAGAGGCCGAAAAUCGUCUAAAUUUCGGCCUGCUCGAGGUGGUCUACGAAUGGGCCAAGAACAAGCCAUUUGCCGAGAUUAUGAAGCUGACUGAAGUGCAAGAGGGCAUCAUUGUGCGCUGCAUUCAGCAGCUGGACGAAACCCUGCGCGAUGUAAAAACGGCCGCCAUACGAAUCGGCAAUCCUGGACUGCAGUCCAAAAUGGAGGAGGCGUCGGCGGCAAUCAAGCGUGACAUUGUGUUCACCGCAUCCCUAUACACGGAACUGUAGUCUGAGAAGCUG